UACUUUGCCACUUGUACCUGUCUUACUGACAAGCACAUGUAUCCGUCAUUCUUGCGGACUGUGCCGAGUGAUCUCUUUCAAGUUAGAGGACUUGUACAGCUGGUCACUUUCUUAGGCUGGCUCUGGGUGGGCACAAUAGGGACCACGGAUGACUACAGUCAUUAUGGCAUCCAAGCAUUCUCGAAGCAGUUUAGACUGCAAGGCGGGUGUGUGGCGUUUCAUCUAACAAUCCCCGAGUCCCCCACGGAGGCCGAGAUACAGGACAUGGCAGACGGACUCCAGAGUUCAACCGCGCAGGUUGUGGUGGUCUUUGCCACAGAGGGUCAGCUGCUGGGUCUGCUUGUAGAGCUGGCUGAGAGAAAUGUGACAGCAAUCCAGUGGGUUGCCAGUGAAGCCUGGGUGACCGCUAGCCUGUUGACCUCUCCCGGCUUCCACCCUCUCCUAGAGGGCACGCUGGGCUUCUCCUUCCCUGGAGUCACAAUCCCCGGCUUGAAGGAGUUCCUGUUAAACAUCCACCCCUCUCCCAAAGAAGGGAUGGAAUUUGUCAACAUGUUUUGGGAAGAGCUGUUUGGCUGUAGACUACAGUUUGGAGGAGACAAAUAUAAAAAAAAUGAAGCUGUGGAUAACUUGACAAGAUGGAAUGCCUUCGGCUACAAGCCACAUUCUCUAAACAAUUCUGGCUCCUUGUUUGGGCCUAUAAUAGGGGGGGAAAGCACAUUUAAAGGGUCAACUGAUGAAAAGCCUGUGUGCACAGGUUCAGAGGAUCUGAGGUACACUAACAGCAGCUAUACUGAUGUAUCUCUGGUCAGAAUAUCCUACAAUGUGUAUAAAGCUGUAUAUGCCAUUGCUCAUGCCCUGCACAAUUUACUGAACUGUGAUUCUGCAGGGCUUAACAAGGACAUGUGUGAGAAGCAUAAAUCAUUUGCUCCUAGGCAGUUGCUGGAUCAUCUGAAGACAGUCAAUUUCACAAACCAGUUUGAGGAGAAGGUUUAUUUUGAUGCGAAUGGAGAGCCGGUCCCUCUGUAUGACAUCAUUAACUGGCAGAAGAACAGCAUGGGGGAGAUUAGAUUUGUUAAAGUGGGAAGUUAUGAUGGUUCAGCUCCACUGGGACGACAGUUGCAGAUACAGCGGAGCAGCAUUGUAUGGACAAAUGGACAGUCACAGGUGCCUGUAUCACAGUGUAGUGCUCCAUGCCCCCUGGGCAGUCGGAAGGCCAGACGUCUGAGAGAGCCUCACUGCUGCUUUGAUUGUUUACCCUGUGCUGAUGGAGAGAUAAGCAACCAGACAGGUUCCACCGAGUGCAGAAAAUGUCCAGAGUUUUACUGGUCAGACAAAGACAAGGUGAAAUGCGUUGCCGGGGUCGAAGAAUUCCUGUCUUUCUCUGACACCAUGGGCAUCAUCCUGGUUGUACUCACCCUGCUGGGUGUUGUCCUGACAACCAUCAUCACCACUGUCUUUCUCCGUUUCCGCUCUACACCCAUCGUCAAGGCCAACAACUCAGAAAUAAGUUUUUUACUUCUGCUGUCCCUCAAGCUCUGCUUCCUCUGUUCCCUGGUGUUCAUCGGCCAGCCGUCUGUGUGGACAUGCAGGCUCCGCCAGGCAGCAUUUGGGGUCAGCUUUGUCCUCUGUCUGUCCUGCCUCCUUGUUAAGACCAUUGUGGUUCUCUUGGCCUUCAAGGUGAACAUACCUGGUUCCAGUGUUCUGAAGCUGUUUGGGCCCUCUCAACAGAGGUCCCUAAUCCUCUGCACUACAGCUCCCCAGGUUUGUCUCUGUGCCGGAUGUCUGCUGGGCGCACCUCCCUUCCCUUUCAGGAACCCGACCUAUCAGGCCUCAACUGGAAAAAUUGUUGUGGAGUGUAUGGAGCCAUGGCCUCCUGGAUUUUACCUGGUCCUGGGCUACAUUGGCCUACUGGCCUUCCUCUGCCUCCUCCUGGCAUUCCUGGGACGCAAGCUGCCGGAUGUGUUCAACGAGGCAAAGCUCAUCACCUUCAGCAUGCUCAUUUUCUGGGCCGUGUGGCUAUCUUUCAUCCCAGCUUACGUCAGCUCUCCUGGGAAGUUCACGGUGGCUGUGGAAAUAUUUGCCAUAUUGGCCUCCAGUUUUGGGCUGUUACUGUGUAUUUUUGUUCCAAAAUGCUACAUUAUUUUACUGCGGCCUGAAAGAAAUAUUAAGAGAGGCAUGACUGGAAAACAUGCCAGAUGAGGUUAAAAUACAUUGGGUGGUCAUUUUAAAUGGCCAUCAAGCAAAUAGAAACACAUGCAUUUUAAUUAAGGCAUUUCUUUCUUUAUUUGAAUAUUUGAACAUGAAAUAAAAUAAA